UAGUUGUGGUAGGAAAUGAUAGUGUUGCAACCGUAGCUAAAUGUUCAAUACUAUUUCUCUGCUAUCGUUUUCAUGGGACUGAGUUUGGCAGAUUUUGAGGCGGGGGUGGUGUGUUUGGGGGAGUUGAAUCCCGCCUCGUCUCCGAUCUAUCCAUCCAUCCAUCCAUCCACCCUGAAAGGUUUCCUGGGCCUUCUUGCAGCUCGCUUCCGACCACUAGGCGGCCCGCUCUACCAUGAGGCAAGGGGGGGAAAAAAGUCUGCUCCCAAAACUUGGGAGGCGACGGCCGAGCCGAGCUAUAAACCGUAGACUGGCUCCGUCCGCUCCUUCCUUGAUGUUGGAGGCGAAGGAGGCGACAGCUUUCCAGAGAGGCGUCGCCGGUCGGGCGGCUCCGCCACACGCCGUCCAAGCCGACGGGGGGACGCGGAGGAGAACUCGGCCGGGUCCCGCCGCCUGGGUCCGCGUCCUCCAGAGGCGCCGGCGGCAUCGGCGGGCCGUCCUCCCUGCGGGGCGGCGUUCACCUGGCCGGCCUCCUCGUGCGCGGCGGACCAUGGGCUCCCGGCGUCUUUGAUCUCGCCUGGGCUCAGGAGGAAGAGGAAGAAGAGGAUGGAUGUUUUGGGAGAUGUGGCACCCACGCAACUUCCCCUCCCAAAGCAUAUUUUGGAUGUGUGGGUCAUUGUCCUGAUCAUCCUCGCUACUGUCAUCGUCAUGACAUCCCUUCUACUGUGCCCAGCCACAGCAGUGAUCAUUUAUAGAGUCCGGACACACCCUAUACAAAGUGGAGCCGUGUGAGACGUGCCGCUGUUUGGGUUUCCUUCGAAGAAAGAUGAGCUAAACCAAAGGGUAAUGGAAAAUGUCUUUGACUGCCUUCGUUGUUAGGCCUAUCUCCAAGAAGAGUGCCAGCAAGGACAUGGCAGCAAGAUAGAGACUGUGCUUUUGAAAGGAAAAGGCUACAGGUCACCUGAAACACGCUGGAAGCCUGGUUCUCCACUCAAACUGCAAGCUUGAAGCUCCAAAUGGAAGGCUGUACAGUAUAGCCCAUUUGUUGAAUGAGCUGAAUUCAUGAACUAGAUUAAGUAAACACAUGAGGCGGAGGUGCAGUAGCUCUGCUACUUUCCUUGUUCCUCUCCUCAUGUGGAAAGCUGUCGUCUGAGGUGGAGAGCCUCCUUGACGGAUGGAGGAGGCACUUCUCAGACGGUUGGGCUCCAUUUGAGAAGAGCAGCCACAAAGUGGGUGGGGCUAUCGUGCUCCUCUCCUUGUAUGAUUUGUCAAUCUUAUUUGAGAACAACAGAAUAUGACUUGAACUGGUACGGGAUUCCAGAUUGUUCCUGUUUUUUUGUUUCCUGAGAUGUUAUUUAAUCGGAAUGUUCUUUGUGUUUACUGAGCAAAGAGUUCCAGAAGGCUACGGAGAGGGCAAAAGAAGAUGCCAGAAAAAAAGUGUGGAAUGUCCCAUAACUGAUUCCAGCUGUGGUUGCUGUGCAAGAGAACUCUGCUUCGUUUGUCCCAGACAAUUUGUUGCCUUUUCCCCCCUAAGAAAUCACUUGGGCCAGGGAGCUUUGGGUGUUCUCAGCUGGAAUGUUUCUGUUGUCCUCUCUUUCCUGCAAGGUUCCUCAAUUUUUAACUCAAAUAACAGACAGCAGCAAUGAAAUUGGAUAAUCAAUAAAGAAAUGAAAUUGAAGCACAUAAGCAAAUGGAUGUAAUUGCGUUUGCAGUCCACAGCUGUGGAAUAUUCAUUACAACAUAUAUAUUGGAAUGGUAACAGGAAGAUAAAAUAGGCUUUGCAACUAGUAGGAAUACUUUAGCUGUGUAAAAAUCAGGUCUGUUUAUUUCUCUGGUGUGACACAAUUCUAGUCACAUGCUGCUGUUUCACAAUGUUGUGCCCACGCUAAAAAGUUUUCCUGCUCAUUUGUGGAAGUGCCUGGCAUUUCAUCUGGCAGCACUGUGUACAUAAUAACAUGCAUCAAUUGUGUGCCUCAGUUGCUUUCAUGCCCUGUAUCAUUCAUCUUCCUUUUUCCGUGGCUACUGCUGGCUUUAGCGCUAUAGAAGAAGCAUUUACCUGAUUUCUAUAGCAGCAGCGGGAAAUGUUUGGCCCUCCAGACACUCACAGCAUUGAGUGCUGACCCAGGCUGGUGGGAGGUGUAGUCCAACAACAUCUGGAGACCUGUACCUUCCCCACCAGCAUUUGCAGUCUUCCGUUCCAUCAGACAUAACCUUUGAGUUGCCAGUUCUUGGUCCAAAGAGAUCUCCUUGGCUUUUCAUAUCCAUGCAGCAAUUGAAAUAGCAACAGGUGUUCUAGUUGGUAAGCUCAGGAUAGCCUAAUUGGGCCAACGAGAACAACCUCUGCCAGAUCUCUACCUGUCACCCAGCUACAAAAUUUACAAAAUGGACUGUCCUUAAAGGUCAGGCGUUAACAGGUGCAGCCCUUCCUUGCUUCGGUGGGACUAUUGCUUCUAGUUUCUUUGUUUCCAUGCAAUGAAGCCCCAUGUAGCCUGUGAAAAAUACUGUAUUUUUCCAUGUAUAAGAUGCCCCCAUGUAUAAGACGCUCUCCACUCUUCUAUCCCAAAAUUA